UUUUUAUUAAGCAAACGAUCCAAAGCUUUUAUAACAGCAAAUGGAGUAUAAUAUUCAUCGUAAUAUUUGUUAUUGUAUGAUUAGCGAUUUAAACUGAUACCUAUGAAUUGAUAUCUAACGUUUUCCUUAAAAUUUUCAAAAUUGGACUUACAUAUGUCAGAAUAAAAAUGUAUAUACUUAAUAUAUGUAUAUAAUAUUAAUAAAAAUAAUUUUUUUAAGAUAUAUAAAUAUAUAUAUUUUGAUACACUUUGGCAUAUAUAUACUUUUGUUAAUAUUAUUAUAAUUGAAAUUUUGCAUAAUUAUUCUGAUCGGUUUUUAUAUUAUUUAUUUUAUCAAUUAUUUAUUUACAGAUACAGGCUCUAAUCUUAAUGGCGAAAAUUCGACGAAAUUGGCAUUGCGCGAAUGUAUAUCGAUGCACGUGGGCCAAGCGGGCGUUCAGAUGGGCAAUUCUUGCUGGGAGCUAUAUUGUUUAGAACACGGAAUCCAGCCGGAUGGAACUAUGCCAUCCGACAAAGUCUCCGGUACGAAUGAUUGCUUCAACACCUUCUUCAACGAGACGAGUUCCGGCAAGAUGGUACCGCGCGCUGUGAUGGUCGAUCUCGAGCCAACUGUUGUCGAUGAAAUUCGAAUGGGAACAUACAAACAGUUGUACCAUCCGGAACAAUUAAUUACUGGUAAGGAGGAUGCCGCGAAUAAUUACGCUCGUGGUCACUAUUCCAUCGGGAGCGAGGUGAUCGAGUCGGUGAUGGACAGAGUACGCAGGUUGACCGAUCAGUGUACCGGUCUGCAAGGCUUCUUCGUUUUCCACUCGUUCGGAGGCGGCACGGGAUCGGGUUUCACAUCCUUGCUUAUGGAAAGGCUGUCCGACGACUACGGCAAGAAGAGCAAGUUGGAAUUUGUCAUAUAUCCGGCACCGCAAGUAUCUACAGCCGUGGUGGAGCCUUAUAAUGCGGUAUUAACGACGCAUACGACAAUUGGUCAUUCCGAUUGCGCCUUCAUGGUGGACAAUGAGGCAAUCUACGACAUUUGCCGGCGUAAACUCGGCAUCGAGCGACCCUUGUACGCGAACCUGAACCGGCUGAUUAGUCAGGUUGUGUCAUCCAUCACCGCAUCCUUGAGAUUUGACGGCGCCCUGAAUGUCGACUUGACCGAGUUCCAGACGAAUUUGGUGCCUUAUCCCCGCAUACACUUUCCUUUGGCGACCUAUGCCCCGGUGGUGUCGGCGGAAAAGGCGUAUCACGAGGGUAUGUCAGUUGCGGAGAUCACUUCAGAGUGUUUCGAGGCCAAUAAUCAGAUGGUCAAAUGCGAUCCGCGCGAGGGCAAAUACAUGGCCUGCUGCCUCCUGUACCGUGGUGAUGUCGUGCCUAAGGACGUCAACGCGGCGAUCGCCGCCAUGAAGGGCAAGAGUUGCAUCCGGUUUGUCGACUGGUGCCCCACGGGUUUCAAAGUUGGAAUCAAUUAUCAGCCGCCCACGGCCGUGCCAGGCGGUGAUCUCGCGAAGGUAUCGCUGCCAAUUGUUCAGCGAGCUGUCUCCAUGUUGUCCAAUACAACCGCUAUAGAAGAAGCAUGGGCCAAGCUUAAUCACAAAUUCGAUUUAAUGUACAAUAAGCGGGCGUUUGUUCACUGGUACGUAGGAGAAGGCAUGGAGGAACUCGAAUUCGCAGAAGCGCGCGAAGAUCUCGCAGCACUCGAAAGAGAUUACGAGGAAGUCGCCCUCGAAUCGCCAUCCACGCCUGACACACCAUUGGAGUAUUAAUGCGUGCAUUAAUCUAAUUUGGAGAAUCUUUCAAUAAGCCAGCAUGUGUAUUUUUUCGCUGCUCGACGACUAAGCAAAAAUUAUUACAUAGAAAAAUGUCACAUUACACUAUGCGUUAAAUUUUUUG